AAUAAGACGAGGGGUGGUGCAUGGAAGCAACCUUAUCCACCCACACCAUUAUGAUAAGAAGCUCAAAGAAAACUGGAAAAAACAUUAAACAGUGUUACAGUAUGACCAAAACAGAUGAUCCGAUCUUUAUAGUUGUAAAGUGAAGAAUAUUUAAUGUCAACCCCUUUGUAAUUGAGGCAAACCAGAUGAUCCGAAAAAGCAAACGAAUAUUUGUCAUACACACCCAUGUCUAGUAAGACGGGUUGUGAUAAUCGCCAGCUGCCAUAAUCCUCUUCAUUACUCUUCUAAGUUCAAUUCACCUGCUUGUUUACAUUGGUCAACACAAGCAUCAUGUCUUCAUCUACCGAUGAGAUGGACAUUGAUGAAUACAUUGAUUCCUUAUUAAUCCCAAUAGAAGAGAUAGAAUUAGCCACCAACAACCUCACUGAUGAAAAUCUUCUCACACGUGGUACAUCUUUUGAUGUUUACAAAGGACAACUCUUGCAAUCUGAGGACCUGAUCAAGAUUGUUGCACGGAAAUGUAGGGAAUUCAGCAUUAUUCUCAACGAGAUAAUACUUCUUAAAGAUCUUAAGCACAAAAAUAUCGUUUCUAUAUAUAAGUUGGCUGGUACGGAAGAUGAGGUAAUCAUCAUAAACAAGUAUGAGGCCAAUGAAAGUCUUGACAAACAUCUUAGUAGCCCAACGCUCACUUGGAUGCGAAGAUUGCUUAUAUGUGUUGGGGUUGCGCAUGCAUUAAGUUAUCUUCAUUAUGAAGCUAAAGAAAAUCAUUAUGUCAUACAUGGAAACAUCAGGAGCUCCAAAAUAUUACUAGAUCACAACUGGGAACCCAAGUUACAUGGUUUCAAAUUUGCUGUUAUAGCUAUAAAGCAUCAUCUUCACCUUACCAAUAAGUACAAUGGCUCAUUGCAUUAUAUGGACCCGGCAUAUGAAGACGCAAGAGGUUUUAAUCAUAAGUCGGACAUUUUCUCCUUUGGUGUCUUGUUGUUUGAAGUCUUGUUUGGGAGAGAAGCAUCUAUUCCAAACGAUGAUAAUUGGUAUUUUGCUUGAAUGGCUAGAGCACAUUAUGAAGAGAGAAAACUUGAUAAUUUGAUAGAUCCUGAUCUUCAAAAACAAAUGAAUCUGCAAUCAUUCGACCUUUUCGCUGAAAUAGCAUAUUGUUGCAUAAAGGAGAAGCAAUCACAGCGUCCCGACAUGAAUACAAUACGCACAGGACUUGAGAGAGCAUUGGAACUUCAACGCAAACAUGAACAAACAACACUUGUGGCCGUUGAAGGUACAGCAUCCAACCAUUUGAAGGGGAAAAGCUUGGAUCACCUGAGACUACGAUUGAAUGACAUAGAAUUUGCCACUGGAAAUUUUUCUGAAACCUACUGCAUUGGGUCAGGUGGAUAUGGUAUGGUGUACAAAGUAGAACUUGACCAUUUUGAUGGUAUAAAUGUUUCGGAAAUUGAAGGAAAGAGUAAAGGUGAAUUGCGUAAGAAAUAUAGUUCGGUGGCUAUUAAGCGCCUCUAUAGGAGACUAGAUAGACAAGGAGAACAAGGGUUUGUUGCAGAAAUUGGAACACUUAGUAAUUGUAAGCAUCCGAACAUUGCCCCACUUUUAGGAUUUUGUGACGAAGGACGUGAGUUGAUUCUUGUUUACGAGUAUGUUGCUAAUGGAAGUCUUGAUAAUUAUUUGGGUAACAUGGAUAAUGUGACUAAUCUUGUUUGGGCUCAACGUUUACAAAUAUGCCUUGAUAUAGCGCAUGGAUUAAAUUAUCUUCACACCCAUAUAAAUGGCAAACCAACACUACUAGAAAACAUGGUUUUUGUCAUGUAA